AUGCAGUGGCUGAUGAGGCUUACGGCCAUCCGGGCCUUCCGCAAAUCCUGCCACAGCUUCCACCCUGCCCCUUGGCACCAGCCCUUCCAGUCUUUCUCUGAAGUUGGAGCACCAAAGUGGAAUGACUAUGAUAGACCUGAGGAAUUCAACUUCGCCAGUGAUGUAAUAGACUACUGGACUCAAAUGGAAAAGGAGGGCAAGAGAGGUCCAGCACCAGCCCUGUGGUGGGUGAAUGGCAAAGGAGAUGAAAUAAAAUGGACCUUCACCGAGCUCACAGACCUAACCCGCCGAGUAGCCAACGUCUUCUCACAGACGUGUGGCCUGAAGCCCGGAGACCAUCUGGCCAUGAUUCUGCCCCGAGUGCCCGAGUGGUGGCUGGCAUUAGUGGGCUGCAUGCGAACAGGAGUCAUCUUCAUGCCGGGGACCACCCAGUUAACAGCCAAGGACAUUCUCUACCGACUACAAGUAUCUAAAGCUACAGGAAUUGUGACCACGGAUACCCUUGCCCCGGUGGUGGACUCUGUGGCUUUUGACUGCCCGUCUCUGAAAUUUAAGUUCCUGGUGUCUGACCACCACCGUGAAGGGUGGCUGGACUUUCGGUCACUGGUCAAAUCCGCUUCCCCAGACCAUGCCUGUAUUAAGUCCAAGACCACGGACCCAAUGACGAUUUUCUUCACGAGUGGGACCACUGGCUUCCCUAAAAUGGCGAAACACAGUCAUGGACUUGCCGUUCGAUCCUACCUCCCCUCAUGCCGGAAAUGGCUACAGCUGAAGAUGACAGAUACCCUAUGGUGCAUGUCCGAUCCAGGCUGGAUUCUGGCUCUCCUGGGUACCGUGCUGGAACCAUGGACAGUGGGCACAACACUUUUCGUACAUCACCUACCCCAGUUUGACCCCAAGGUCAUUGUAGAGACACUAUUCAAAUACCCUAUCACCCACUGCAUUGGUGCACCAUCCGUUUAUCGCAUGAUUUUGCAACAGAAUUUCAGCAGUCUUAGGUUCCCAACCCUGGAGCACUGCAGUACUGGAGGCGAGUCUCUGUUGCCUGAAGAGCUGGAGAAGUGGAAACAAAAGACAGGCCUUAUACUCCAUGAGGUCUACGGACAGUCGGAAACGGGAAUAACUUGUGGUGUUCUCAGGGGAAUGAAGAUUAAGCCAGGUUCCUUGGGGAAAGCCAUCUUACCCUAUGAUGUCCAGAUCAUUGACGACAAGGGCAACAUCCUGCCUCCCAACACAGAAGGAAAUAUGGCCAUCAGGAUCAAACCCAUCAGACCGCUGGGCAUCUUCACCUGCUAUGAGAAUGACCCAGAAAAGACAGCCCAAGUGGAGUGUGGGGACUUCUACAACACGGGAGACAGAGCCAUUAAGGAUGAAGAGGGCUACUUCUGGUUUGUGGGAAGAGAUGAUGACAUCAUCAACGCCUCUGGGUACCGGAUCGGGCCUUCAGAAGUGGAGAACGCCCUGGCGGAGCACCCUGCAGUAGCAGAAUCUGCCGUGGUGAGCAGUCCGGACCCCAUUCGUGGGCAGGUGGUGAAGGCGUUUAUCGUCCUGGACCCCAAGUUCCAGUCUUAUGACCGGGACCAGCUCACGAAGGAGCUUCAGCAGCACGUGAAGGCAGUGACAGCCCCGUACAAGUACCCCAGGAAGGUGGAGUUUGUCACAGAGCUGCCCAAAACUGUCACUGGCAAGAUCAGACGGAGCGAACUUCGGGAAAAGGAGUUGGGGAGAGUGUAG